CAUCUGGCCACCUCGUCGCUCCUUGCUUUGCUAUUGCUUCCGCUGAGUGCGCUAUGCCGCGCCCCUUGUCUGCUUCGCCCGGUCGCUACUCUCAAUUGACCCGUUAAAGACUCCCGUUUACCCCUCGAUUCCCUCGGUCCUGCCUUCGUCGAUCACCCUGCUCCAUUCCCCUUAGUCGCUGCCGAGUCUCGAUUGUCUCAUCCACGACGCAUCGCAUAAGCGACAGCUGAGACCAUGUCGACGGGGUCUCCGAUGUCCAGCGUGGAUACGAUUUCAUCGGUAUCGCAUGGACACGGUCAUGGACACGGUCACCGACCUAGUCGGGGUCGCGGUCACGGCCACUCGCGCUCGAAUCGAUGGUCGCACGGCCCCAUUUCUCACUCGGUGUCCUCUUUUGACGCCUCGACGAUUCCACAGCCGCUGUCGCAGCCUGUGACGGCCGCAGAUACUCCCAAUGGCUCUAUUGCCGACUCUCACUGGCAUGGGCACCAGCACACGCACUCCCAUGCCUCGUCGAUCCACGAGAACGGAUGGGCUGGUGUGAACCAUGUCGAUGCAUUUCACACACAUACGCCAAAGCAUAGCCACGCGGGCAGUAUUACGGGAUUGACACCCGAUACACCUCUGGUGUCUGCGGAUCCUGAAGCCACGACCCUUCACGAGGGUCUUGCGGGUGUCAUUGCAGCAUUUCCCUGGAUCGCAGUCUCGUGGUACUACCAGCAAUACGUACGUUGGGAAUCGCCGGCGCCGGCGCCUGGUGAGGACACUAGCGACGACACCUGGACCGCUGCCAGCAGUGGACGGUUAGACUGCACGGCGCAAAGGGCUGGCUUUCUGGCUGCCGCGACAAUGGUUAUACUCGGAUGUACGCAAGCCCUCCAGCUCAUCCAACGCGGUGAGUCUAUGCCAACUGUGCCGAAAAUUGGUCCGAACGAGAUUCGCACGACCCUUGGCCAGGUGUGCUCCAUCGCCCUGCCAAUUUAUGCCUCUUUGAAAGUGGGCGGGUUUCUGGUUGCAUUUACUCUGUUGCUUGCAAUUGCAACUGGGCUCCCGACAAUCAUCCCGGGAAGCAAUGCGCAACCUAGUCAAGGCCGGUUACUUCAGAAGAAGUUGACGGUGGGUGUCAUUUUGGCUGUCGUCCUUUGCAGUUUCCUGGGCAUGAACACAUCUUGGGACACGCAGCCUUUCUUGGGUUACUCUUCCUUGUUAUUGUCAGUUUUUAUCAUCCGCCCUCCCUUUUCUGCCUCUGUUUCUUCAACUUCGACUUCGCCUUCCGGUCUUGGUAUUUCAGUACCCGGAUCCGCUGAGCCCAAAAUGGCGCCUGCGAGUUUGUCCUCUUUUUCCCCAGACGAGGCAGUCCUGACUGUUGGUUCUGGUAUACUACUGGCAUUGGCAUCUGCCAUCACGUCCAGGGGCGUCUCAUCUCGGGCAGUUGACCUUUUGUAUAUACUUUUGACUGCAGGCGCCUUUGCGGCGUCUUUGAUUUUCCUAGUCCCUGGCAAUCUGCGCUCCCCACAUAAAAUCGGGCUUGUGAUUGGCACGGCGACUGCAGCCUUGUUAUGCGCUCCGCCUAUGCGCGACGGGGUUUACCUCACUUACCUCUCUCGGGGUAUCCUAGCUGCUCUUUCGUUCCCAGCCGCUCGAUUUGACGACAAGCAUAUGCGCCUCGGAGCCCAUUCCCACAAUCAUCACCAUCAUUCCCACCACGGGAAGGAUGCUUCACGAAUAACGAACCUUAUCAUCCGCUAUAGCGAGCCAUAUCCUCUGUUGUACAGCAUCCUCAAAGAGAGCGACUCGCGACGCAUCUUCUACUUCAUGACUCUUAAUUUUGCAUUCAUGCUUGUGCAAUUGUCCUAUGGCUUUAUUACCGGCUCUCUUGGCCUUCUCAGCGAUAGUAUCCAUAUGUUUUUCGAUUGUCUCGCACUCGUGGUUGGCCUUUGUGCAGCUGUCAUGAGUAAAUGGCCACCCAGUGCGAGAUUUCCCUACGGUUAUGGCAAGGUGGACACUUUGUCGGGAUUUGCCAAUGGUAUCUUCCUCAUGAUCAUCAGUAUUGAAAUUAUCUACGAGGCCGUGGAGAGACUCUCAUCUGGCAGCCAGAUGCACCGACUCGGGGAGCUCUUGGUUGUCAGUAUUGCAGGUCUUCUUGUGAACCUGGUCGGUAUCAUGGCGUUUGAUCAUGGUCACCAUCACGGUCAUGGACAUGACCACGGACACUCCCACGGCAAUGAGAACAUGCACGGUAUCUUCCUGCACAUCCUUGCCGAUACGCUCGGAUCUGUUGCCGUUGUUAUCUCUACUGUCUUGGUUCACUACUCAGGCUGGGCGGGAUACGAUCCUAUUGCAUCUUGCAUGAUCGCCAUCUUGAUCUUCGCAUCGGCUAUCCCGCUUGUCAGCAGCACCGCUAAGUCGUUGCUCCUUACUCUUCCAGCGGACGUUGAAUACAAUGUUCGCGAUACCCUGGGAGGCGUGAGUAACUUGAGGGGUGUUGUGGGAUACACUGUCCCCAAGUUCUGGUUGGACGACACGGCCGCCUCGGGCGACGACCAUCAUCACCACGGUCACGGACAUAGUCAUGGCCAUAGCCAUGGUCAUAGUCACAGUCACAGUCACAGUCAUGGUCAUGGUCACAGCCACGACCAUACCCACGGGCAUAGCCACGAUCACUGUCAUGAUCACAAUCACUCUCACAGCCACCAUGAUCACUCCCACUCCCACUCCCACGAUCACAGCCAUGACCACGACCACGACCAUGAAAAGACCAACCCCAACGUCCUCGGUGUCAUCCACGUCAUUGUCUCUCGCACUGCAGAUCUCGAAGACGUCCGACAACGAACUGUCGAUUUUCUCCGGGAGAAGAACAUGGAUAUCCUGGUUCAGGUUGAGCGCGAAGGUGAUGGACGAUGCUGGUGUGGAGGUGGAAACAAGUCUUGAAAUCGCAAUCGAAACCGGACAUGCCAAGGCAUAUCUCACUAAAGACCAAAAACAAAAGACCAAAGAGAAACACGGGAAAGCUUUGUAACCUUCUGGAAUUGUAUGUUUAUGUUUUUGAACGAGGUACAUAUGGAAACGGGGGAGUGCUGUACAUGAAGUCAUACAAGAGUUGUCCAUAAAUAGAACGAAC